GGAAGAUUUCUUAAACCAAACCGGACAAACAAACGGCGACUUGCGGACAACGCAGUGAGUGUGCGUGCGUGCGGUGUGCGAUGAAGGGCUCGCUGAUGCCGUCCAAACAAAGUUGCUUUUAUUGAUCUUAGACAUGUAUGUAAGUAGCUCAACAAAUAUUUUAUUGAAACUGGAUACAUGCUGCAGUGCAGAGCCCUUCUGAAACCGAAUUUCCUUGUGACAACUGAAGACCGAGCGGGGGCUAGGAUACCUCUAGGGGGGCGCAUAUCUCCAGGAUUUAGGUCUAACAUGCUAUCAAUUAAGCUACAGUAGCAGUGGGGGCAGGUACAAUGGC